GAAGUGACGGUCAGCUCUCCUGAUUUCUCACGCACCAACAAGCUCAUCAUCGACUACUUAUGCACGCCACACAUUGCGCUGCUGCCCCUAAUUGGGUACGGCGGAGGCGAGGCCAGCUGCGAGGCGGAGAUCGAGGGGCUUAGCAAGCUCUACGAUCUGGGGUGCGUCGAGUUUGUGGCGGUCGUUCCCGGCAGGGACACACACGGGCGCAACUACUCCUUUCCCAUCAUGGAGUCAGGCAACGUUGGGGACUCGGGGGAAAGUUUCAUUGCG